AUGAAUGCAUAUCUGCUUUGCAUUGGAUUUAUUUUUGCCUCCUCUUAUCUUGGAUUCUAUGAAUGUUGUAAACCCAAUGCAGAUGGACAGUUUACACAAUUAGAACUAGGCAGUGCAUCGAAUGUGACUGCUGUAGUGGGCAGUGAUGUCUACUUUAUUUGUUGUGGUGGUGUGAAAUGGACUUAUGAAGCAGAAGAUGAUUAUACCAGCCGUGAGAUUGGACCACAUCCAUAUGCACAGAUUGGUUCAGGUAAACGACCACCAACGGAGAAAGGUCUGCUUUCAAAUUCGUUGGGGAGUAAUAAUAUUGUCAGUGGAAUAAGUGGAAGUACAACGAAGGAUCCAGUGAAUUCACAGAGUACAAUACAAACCACAGUGUAUACAAUGCAUGAUGAUAAGGGUCGGUUAAUAUUACGUAUUGAUAAUGUGGAUAUGCAAGAUAUGGGACAUUAUAAAUGUCAUGGUCUACUGUCAAGUUUAGAUGUUUAUUUGGUAGUGACAAAUAAGAAUUAUCCUGAAGAACCGCAUAAUAAAACUCUGCCGCAUAGUGGAAGUAUGCUACCGCAUUAUAUGAUGUUUUCAUCUGACCAAUUGAAUAAUGUGAAAUUAAUCUGUCCAUUGGUUGGAACACAAACAGUUAAAUCAUGGUUAUGGCGUGAACCUGUGCUGCCUAGUUCAACGGAAUAUGCUCAGCUGCCACAAGGUCGACCACCGAGUCGUACAGUUACAGCUACACGACCUGGUCUUCAUGAGGGGAAGCAUGUUGAAAUUGGUCCUGAUUUAUCCUGGGCACGUAUUUUUGAUCCUUUAUCACCUGAAGCACCAGUGAAAUUAUGGUGUCAAUUUGUAAUGCCAUCACCAUGGGCUGGGAAAGAUCCUAUUGUCGCCUAUUAUGAAAUCGAUUGGGAACUGUAUGAACCAAUCUCUCCACAGAUUUAUAUUCUCCCUGAAGAAAAAGAUACUUCUACUACCACUAGCACGAACUUAGACGACGCUAGCAGUCAAAAUUUCCCAAAACAUCCUGUAAAUCAAGAUCAUACCUAUGCAUCUAUAGCGCAUACAAUUAAUGCACAAAUUGAAGAAUUAAUUCAAAAAACGAAGCCAAAUAACAAUAAUAAUAAUAAUAAUAAGCCAAUUCUAUUGGAGAAUAAACCAGCACGUAUCGCCUGCCGAUUUCGACCAAUCACAAAUACUGGGAAACCAACAUCACCACAAUCACAUCCUAUCCCAAUACAACAAGUCUACUGGUAUCAUAAUAAAAUCAACCAGUACAUGUACCACCGUUUUAUGUAG